AGUGAUGUCUAGAAGAGAAUAAAGAUGUACGAAAGUGAUAUGGGCUGAUUUUUGAGGAAUUUGGUUCACUUCUGAAAAUCUCUUUCGAAUCAGUUGAGUAAAGCAAUCAAUGCAACGUCGUUUCGAAUGCUUAGUAGCAGUUCAAACGGUUUCUCGGAAAAAAUUAUACUGCGCUACCAUUCUAAUCGUUACCCAUAGGAAGCUGAUUAAAUUCGAUUGAACCAGAUUCAUAACCGUGAUACAUUGUAUGGAAUAUUUGGCAACAGAAGAGAAUUCUAUCGUGUUUGGUUGCCUAUCAAUAGAUCUGUAGGUUAGCCAAUUUUUAUAUCUGUUCAUUCUCUUUAACUAGAACUAAAAUUUAGUAAAAUUUAUAUUACCAAGCAAAGUUCACUGGAACUGGAAACUUUUCGGGAAGCUCCUGUCGAUCAAAUAGGACAAAACAAAAUGUUUAUGUAAAUUGAAAUCUUAGAGAACGAAAGUGACCUCGAUAAAUAAAAAUAUACUUCUCAAAAGGAAAAGUUAUUUCUUGGUUUUCAACCUGCUGCGUUCAACCUAACGAAAAUAAACCUGUUUAAAGAGGAAGCCCAGUUUUUCCGCUUUGGUUGAAAUAUGUCAUGUGAUAGAAAUGCAACGAUCUGAUUCGGUGUCGCAAGACAGGUAGAAAUUCUUUGAUCCCUGUGGAUCUGAUUGCAAACAAAACAAAAAACCUGCCUCAUUUUGUUUCCGGGAAAAAAUUUAGUCUUUUAGCCUAACUAACAUGAAAAAGCACAGAAACGCAAACAGUAAUAAGCUGACGUGUAACAACAAGGGCUAUGAACUCUGAAGAAAAAAUAACGGAAAAAGACCGGCCUGAAAUCGCUGGUCUUCACCAGCGAAGUGCGGCCAGCAGUGCAGCUUCGACAAGAAGCAUCGAUAUAGGCCUUGCAAAGACGAAUGGCGGAUUUGUCGACGAAACAGAACAAGCUUACCAGAAUGUAGAGCAAAAACAAGGUUCUCUUUACAUGUUACCUAAUGCAGCAUGUCAUAAUGAGGAUUAUGACACAAUACAGAAAACUUUACCAAAAGACGAAGAGGACAAUAGAUUGGACAGAUUCCAUACAGUCGAACUUACAAUGGGCUCGUCAAACAGAAAUUCAAGUGUUGAGGGACCUUCUGCUGGGUCGACUAAACUGGAGUUGCCACCGAUAAAUGGAAAGUCCAACCGGGAGAAUAGCGGGCCAGAUAUAAAAUUUGCAAAGGUAACUUUUGAGGGUAAUUUUUAUCCCAAACAAAACAAGACGAAUCAAAAUAACAAUGAUUUUAACAAUGGGAUACAGAGUAGCAGAGAGGAAAAUGGUACAGCAUUAAUUUCAGGACAGAAUGGAAAAUACGCUCCAACUUCAAACGGUGUUUGUAAGCAUGGAAGAACAAGGCCUGUGCGAGAAUUUUUUUCCUUUCCUUGCCAGUGUCUUAUUUAUGUCGCUGCAAGUUGCUUAUUAGCCAUAGGGUUUGCUUGUAUCCUUGUUGCUUUACUCUGAUUGCAACAACGAUCCGUCACCCUUUUAAUGUAACCACAUAUAUAAGCAAAGGAACACCAUGUAAACAGGGGGUAGUGACAAGCUCCUUUCGAACGAGAUGAAGAAUUAAGAUUGUAAAUAAUGCAGAUUAAGUAGGUCAAUAUUCAUGCGGUUAAAUUAGAAUGAGUCGAGUUUGUGUGGUUUUGUGAGAAAAUCCAAGACAAGUGCUCGAAAGCAUGUGCGACAAUUCCAGCAUACGCAGAUUUAAUAUGACUGUGUGAUAAUCAAAAUCGAUCCGUAUUGAAGAAACAAUGCCACUCGCACUAUACAGCAAAUUUAUAAGAAACUUUGCUAUUAAACCUGCAGAUAUUCUUAUAAUUUGGCACAAUUUGGAGAAAAAACAUUUUAUGAUUAUUGUAAACCAUUUUCUCAUAAAAAUUUGAAAACCACAUCCAAGAACAGUAUGUUGAAGUUGCAAAACGAAAGCAGACAUGAACGACUUUCUUUAUCAAUUCUGUAGUUGACUUCCAGAAUCGCGAAAAGAGCACAGCUAUGAAAGAGGAAGCUGGCAAAUUUUUGUUUCAACUGUAGUGGACCCGAAAUGCUUGCACGGAAUAUGUAAGGAGUUUUUAUUGGUGCAAUUUUAACAAAACGACUUCGUUAAUAUUUUGAGAUGUUUAUUUUAGAACUGAUUCAGCUUUCAUUGGAAUAUAAGAAUGCAGUAACUCGUUGUCAACUUGGUGUUUGGUUGCAUUUAGCUACAAAAAGUACCUUGCUUUUUCAACACGAGAAAACUCUUUUUAAUAGGAAUGAUGUUUAUAAGAAUAUUCAGGCACAUGAUUAUCCAAUUUUGAAAACAGAUUAAGAAUACUGCUCAACCUUCUUAUGAAAAUGUCUUAUAGAGUCCAUGCGAAGACUUUUGGUUUAUGGAAUAGUUAAACAAUUAAUAUUUUGUAUAUAUUGUAAAUUGAUUAUAACAGAGAAAUAGCUUUUAAAGCGGAAUAUUAUAAAUAGUCAACUACUUAUACCAUUAUCUGAAUCAACGUGUUUUUUUGUUAUGCCAUCUCCAAUUAUAUCGCUCGGUAGACAGAAGAAUAUAGACCUAAAUAAUCUACGGGUUCUAAGCAUAUUUUGGCUUAGAUGCUAAAGAGACUCGAAUUCUUCUAUGGGAGCUUCUAUGUUCAUCAGGAUACCACAGCACGAAAUUAUCGGCAAUAUACUUUGAGACCCUUAAUAAGGUUCUAUAAUGUCUGCAACCUUUUUUAAAAUUUACGAUUCUUUUCCCCGUAUUUUAUUGAAAGGGUACCUGGUAGAAAACUAAAUAUAUGAUGAUUGAUGACAAGUGCUGGUACACAACACCAGGUUUUUCAAUACGCACCUGCGAACACAUGUUUGGCUUCGUUACCUGAUGGCUUCUAUCCGAUGACGAAAUUUCCACCAAAAAGAAACCCUUUAAUGUUGUUUACACGACACGUGGAACGCAGGUAGCUUUGUUGUUUGUCAAAAAUGGUAGAAAAUAUAGAUCUAUUUUUGUAAUGAUGACGUCACAAAAAUAUAUGUUUAGAAUUUUUCAAUUUUGACUAAAUAACCCGGACAAGCAUAACGAAACAUGUCGCCAAUUUGACCACUUUAAGCACCGGUUUCUUCAAAUCAAACCUCUUUAAUGUGGUCUUUUUUCAUAAACUUCGCUCCUUUAAAGAAACGAUGUCAUAAAAACCUAAUUUGAAACCUGAACUCUGAUUUCCUUUCCUAGAAAACACCAUUAAAACCUCUAAAUAUGCAGAAGCAGCUAAAGGUAUUACGAAUUGGCUGAGAUAUGGCCUUAAUAACUUCGCCCGUAGUUUUCGUCACGUAUGGCAAUGGCAGUCAAUUUGCUUCAGUGGCAAUCCGAAUGAUUAUCCCUAAAGCCCUGGCAAAACGACUAAACAUUUCACUAAACAUUUUACUCAAGUUUUGUUCAGUGAAGUUGAGCGAAGUUUAGUGAGGGUGGGAAAACGGGACUAAACUUUUCAUUAAACUUCACUCAACUUUUUUGAACUGCGAGCUGUAUAGGACGCUGUGGGGUUGUUGGGGUUCUUGCAUAGGAAUUUCCUUUCUGUUUGUUUUGUUGUAUGUUGGCACAAAAGACUUCAAAUACAAGAAGUGGGUAAAAAUAAGGAUUGGAUAAAGCGACGGGAAAAGAAAAGACUUUUUAGCGCAUCGAUACCAAAGUUUACUGUCAAAGAAGACACAGUAGCGUACAAGGAGGUGAAGCAGAUGCCUCAAGAAGGCAUUCUAGAGAUUUUGGGUCACGUAGUGACUGGAAAAAUGACGAAAACCGAUGGAUUUCCACAGUUACGGCGCCUGCGCUUAGCGCAACAAAUGUUGAAUUGCUGGCAAAACGACUAAACAUUUCCACUAAACUGAACAAUACUAAACAGGUUGGCAAAACGAAUAAACUUUCCACUAAACUUCCCACUAAACAAAAAAUGAGUGAAAUGUUUAGUGAAAUGUUUAGUCAUUUUGCCAGGGCUUUAAAUUCCAACCUUCCAAAAUUGUUUUAUCAUUUUCUUAAAAAAUAGCUCUGAGGAGUGUCAGGCGAAAAAGCUUUUAACCAAUAUGUUGUAAAAUGUUUGCUUUUUUCAAAGCCAUUUUCAAGUUCUGUACCGCCAAAAAUUGUAAAAAUUAGCAAACAGUUUUUUUGCUUUUACGUAGAAUACUUUUAUGUAAACACAUUCAACAAUACUUUCGCUUCAGAAAAGCUUGAACCCCCUCGUUUUUAAACCCCUUCGUUUAUUCACGACUGUUAAGAUGUGAAGGAGAUAGAACAACGCAUGGGUUGAACAGAACAGAACGAUAACUUUAUAUUAACUUCAAAAGGCCUACACACAUAACUGUAAUACUGUAAACUGUAAUCUGAAACUCUAUAUAAACAUGGGUCACAUAAAGUAAUGCUCCUGCGCAUAGUCAAUUAGGUUACUACAACUACCUCAUAGUGUUGGUCUCGUAAUUAGUUAACCAUUAAACAAACAACUUUAGUGGAUAAUGACUACAAAAAUAAUCAGCCGAGAAUAACCGGAAAGCCUUUGGGUUAAAUAUCAUCAUGGUCCUAGGACAACAGGUAGUUGCGGUGCUGGAUUAGAACAAAAAAAUAAGAAAUUACAGGAAGCUACAAGUCCCGAGACAAUCUUGAAUAUGUCAAAAAAUGAUUUCGCUAUUCGGCGCUAUAAGCUUGGAAUUAUAUUAUAUUCCUAAUCAUACGAAGAGUUCGCUGCGCUUAAUGGCUUCGAAAAGCAUUUUAUAUUUGAUCUUGUUAGCUAAAGCAACUUAAAACGAAACCCCCAGUAGUGCAGCUAUUUAUAUAUACGCAUUCAUUUAAUAACUGUAUUUACUUUUUCAUUGAAUAUCAAGAUGUAAGUUGGAGAGUUUUACUGAAUAAAGUUUCAAAACAAGCAUUAAAUGUGGAAGGCAAGAAGGGUUGAUGCUGGAGCACUUUAGAAGCCUAUCGGUUGGGGGAAUCUCCUUGGGUUGAAAUCAUUGGGCCAUAAAGGAAUCUCCAUUGAAUCGUCGGCUUAUUUCCUAGAAUUCUUGUUCAUGGAAGGUGUCUCAACUGUCUCAAAGGAAAGAAAGGAAACCUAUGUAAAUGAGACAAAGAAUAUGACCUUUUGGUUAAGGAGGUUCAGUAGUUACAUAGAAAACCGAAAACGGAAGCGUGAUUUGUAAAGUGCAUGCUUAUCUGCUACAGUCGAUUACAUGGGCUCAUCGCCUUGUUGUUUAUUUAAGAGAUUGCUGUCAGAAGUAAGUAGAGAUCUCAUCGGAAUUAUACGAAGAAAUCUUUGAAAUAGGUGCAUCACGGAGCAUAUUCGCUUAAAAUUGCUUCUCUAAAUACAUCGUGAUGGAAGAGUCCAAUGAAUAUGAAGAGCCGCAGCCUGACAGUAGAAUUGGUGAAUUACAAAAAAUGAUGCCUGAAGUACAAGAUAAAGAAAACUGCACUCCUGAUGAUGCGUAUGUAAAUACUCAAUCUGAUCCGAUUUCACAAAUCAAAGAAAGAGUUGCUGCUCAUGUCGCAAAGGAUGUUUACACGUACCUUUUUGAGGACGACGAGUUGACGAGGUUGAUCACAGAGAGCGGCGAGUGUUUCUACACAAAUUUUGAUGACGUAUAUUUAGACGAUAUCAUACAGAAAUCGUAUGAGAUAACUUUGUUCAAGCUGAAGAGCCUACAUAUGGGCGGAUAUUCUGAACCUAAUGCAAGCAUUGGUACACCUACGGGUAUUAUCAACAGCCAAGACGCUGACGAUGACCCUUGCGCAACAGUAGGAUGCCAUAAUGUAAAUCAAGAUAAUAACAAUAAUAAGGCUGUGGGGGGAGAUAAAGUAUGCGGAAAAAGAGGAAAGAAUAAAGGAAGGGAAGAUUGCAACGAAUAUGCGUAUGCCUACCAAGGACGAGACUCACAUUUGCUAGAAAUGUUGCGACAUGGUAAGGAGACAAAGGGAAAAAAGACCCCUGAAUACCUGAACCAAGUUGAAUCAAUCAAUAACCAGCGCUCAGAGAGAGGGGAUUGCGAUGAAAACUACGAGAAGAUGUGCGUAGAAUUUAAAAGCGAUUAUUUAAAGAUGGAGGACGAGGAUUCAUUGAAUGCAUUAAACAUAGGAAUUAACUGGGAGAGUUCGUUUGUGCAUGAUGGAAGGCACUUCAACGAGGACGAUAAAAGUGAAAACGUUCAAGAUCAGUCAAAAAAGCUGCUCGACUGGGCUCUGCAACAAGGUUUCCGUAGGUCGAAAAAGUCAAGAUACAGCAAAAAGGAAGACGUUGAGUAGCAGACCAAUAUUGUUUAAAGUGGAAGACAGUGUGGUGCGGUGUUCAAAGACAUUUGGGGGUAAUUUUAGGUAGCAUGUAAUGGAAUAAAGAUAACAUAAUCGAGACGGAUUCUAGUAGCUUAUCCUACAACAAAUGUUGAAUAAAUUUGAAUAUGUGUUGUUAAUCUAAAAUCAGUACAAUUUUGAAGAAGGAAUUAUUUUUGACUACCUUUCAGUCGACCAUGAGAACAAGGACCAUCGGCCAUAUUACCGACGUGGGGGGAGGGCAAAAUGUUUUCAGUAUGUUAAGAAAGUACUUUUUGAGCAUUAUUGGUUGGGAUAUGCCCCUUCAGCUCCUCCCCUGACAAUAUUUUUUAUAUUAGUCUAAUAACACUAAAAACGAAUACGACGGCUCAAAAGAACAAGAGUACCAACAUACACAAAAGUAUUAGGAGGAUCGCCUCGAAGCAAAUGUGGUUAAUCCUUUGCUUAAAGAACAACAUAGAAAAUCGGUGGAACAUAACGAGUGCAAAAAAGUAAACUUUUUAGACAAGUAACAUUUGCUUUAUUCCAUCUUUAGUCAGAUGAGCUUCUAGAAUCUAGGCAGCCGCCAUUUGCACUGAAACUUACUGAAAUAAUUUUCCAACGAAAUAUCUUCGGAUACAGGAGGAAAUCUCAACAAAAUUUUAAAAAGGCUUAUUUUUGGUCUUAGAAGAUUCCAUUUCAUGUAUUUCUUAAUGAAAACCAGUUGUUUUCAAUUACAUCAAGGCUUUGAUUUUGACGGGGUUAUUGAAAGACCAUUAUGUUAUUGUUUUUAGAAAUUUUGUCACAAUUGCAACAUAACAAGGUUUAAUGUCUUGCUUGAAAAUAAAUGGUCUUUGCAAAGAAUCUUUAGCUGUUUCUGUAUUUUCCACAAAAAAUUGGACAAAACAUUCAGCAUUGAUUGACUUAGCCCACAACACCAGCCUGCCUUACUGCAACCAAACUUUCUUGUAGUUUCAGCAAACAAAUGAAACGCUAGACCCAAUUUUUCAUUGCUUUUCAUUCUCUUUCUGGUCGCUUUUGUGCUUUCGGCAUUGAAACCAAAACAUUGAUAUUUUCCAUUCCUCAUUGACAUUUUGUUACUUUUCUAUCAAAGAAAGAUAGGAAAUAAAUUGAAUUUGCUACGAAUUGCAUUUUUGCUGACGCCAUUUCUAGAAUCCCGCCAAAACACCAAGAUUUGUUCAAUCAAUGUUAGAAUGCUAGUUUUGGAGACGCCAUUUUGUUAUUCGUCGUCCUAAUACUUUUGUCGCGUAAAUAAAAAUCCAAUAUUUAAAAUUUUUAAGGCUCCCAAGAAUUAACGCAGAAUAAAAUGUCCUUCGUAAUUUGCACUCUUUAAAAGAACUUUUUUUAAAUGCUACGACUAUGAUGUGAACAGCCUCUGGAAAUGUAAACAGUUUGCUUCCAUACGAAACUAAAAGAGCCAUAAAAAGAGCACCCUACUUUCAUAUAGCUUUUUUCAACUCCAAUAACUAUGUAGUUAGGCUUUUAUGUUUUUAUGUUAUAAAGACGGUCAUUUUUCAUUCUUUCGUUCCUUGACAAACUGGCAAAAGAGAGAAAAAGCAGGCAAAUCUCGUAAGUCGUAAUCUGAGAGCCAAGUUUUCAAUGUUUAUUACUUUCAUUCUCAACCCCUAGACUAAAUGAAGCGGAUAAACCUUGUUAUAAUCAAUUUUUUAGAUUUCAAAACAAUAAACUAUGAAAAUGGCUUCUUGGAACUCAAUCCUACUUCACAUGAUCAAAAUUUGUGUUUGUUAUUUGAGUAAUGCGUGGGUGAAACUUAUCAACAGCUUGUGUGCGAGAGAAUAAAAUUACUUCCAAGAAUAUUAUAAAAUAAGUGAGUGGAAAUCGAAUAAAUUGAUUGUGAGUGGUGGUUAGGUUUUACAAAGUAAAGGGUCUUACGAAAUUAUGCCUAAAUCUUUUUUUAUAGCCUAAGAGAAAAUAUCUUAUUACAGAAUUAAGAGUUAAGAAAGGCAAAGAAUACAAUAGGGGAAGGGGGCAAGUUUGUCCUUGAGUUCCGUUGUUUAAAUAGCCCCAUCAAAUAUUCCUAUGUAAAAACUAUCGUAUUUUGUAAAAAGUUUAUCACCUGAGCAGGAAAUUAAGAAAUGAAGGAAAGCAGCCAAAAUAGCCUUUGAAUUUGUGAUAGGAGACAUAAUCAAUUCCGAAAAAUCUUUAACAAGGAAUGAGUUGUUUGUCAGCCAUGUUCUGCAGUGGUUAUCUGGACAAAUACUUUCUACGACCGAUUGAUGAGUGUGCCAGCAACGGAAUCGUGGACGAAGAGAAUGAAAAACGUUAAAGGGGGUGGGGGAGGGCUUAGUACAGUAUGGACCUUAAAUUAAUAUUCUUGCUUCUUUGAGAUAGAGCCUCCUGAAUGGAGCCUGAAAUGCGAUAAAUGUUUUCUUGUCAGGGGGACUGCAGCCAGUUACGCCGGAGCAGCGGGCAUGAGGGGGCAGCGCCUCUUUGCCUUUCACCAGGAGGGGCAGAGAGGGCAAAUGUGCCCUUUUCAAGAAAAUACCAAUUUUAAAUAAAGUCAUUUUUUAUUAAAAGAUCUAACGUUAACCACAAUUCCCAACGGCUCUUAUGCUUCUUUUAUUCUUUUUUACUAAAAAAUGAUAGAUGAUUACAAAUCAAAUGUUAGAAUUAACGAAAAAUCAAGCAUUAUAACCUUGACAGUUACUUCUGUAAAAUUAUCGUAGGCCUCCUACUGCUAAUUACUGUAACCUAUUGCUAUUGUCACAUGCUUUUACUCUCUCUCUCGCAAAAUUAAAGUUCAAAUGAAAUAAAAGAAUGGAAUAAUUUCUUUUCCUACGAUGCCAAGAGCGAUAGAAGGGUAACCUUACGGCGCACAUAUGCGCCGAUCUAGCCACUGAAGAUGCCCUUUCUAAAUUU